AUGGGCCUCAGAAGAGGCCUGUUUAUUCGAAAUAGUCAUGGUGUUUUACAGUUUGAACCAUAUAUAUUUGGUUGGUGUGGCAGCCUUGACAGGGUGAGGUGAAAUUGAUGAGAACCCAAUCGGCCCAAACCCGACAGUACUACCCGCCGAACCACAGGACAAAUCAUUUCAUUCGCCACUGAAAAUUUUAUUGUUUUAGUAGAUUUUGCAAAUCAAACUGAAAAGCUCUUAGUUGAAGUAAUUAAUGGGUGAUGCCUCAUUGGUGGAGUUGUCUAUCCCACAAGAUGUCCUCCAACCAUUGUUGAGUGCUUCAAACUCAUCUUCUUUGGAAGAAACCUUAGAAAAUCUUAUAGAAGCUUCAAGGACUGAUGUUGGCCGCUCGGGCCUUGCUUCCAAGAACAUCCUUCCCAUAGUUCUUCAGCUUAGUCAGAAUCUCCCUUACCCUUCUGGUCGUCACCUUCUCUUAUCAUCUUUGAAGCUCCUCAGAAAUCUGUGUGCCGGAGAAGUUGCAAAUCAAGAUGCUUUUGUUGAACAAAAUGGAGUUGGUGUUGUUUCAAAUAUUUUGAGUUCUGCUGGGCUCUUGUCUGAUCCAGAUUAUGGGACCAUUCGUAUGGGGUUGCAGGUUUUGGCCAAUGUUUCUUUGGCUGGAGAAGAACAUCAGCGUGCUAUUUGGCGUAAAUUUUUUCCAGAUGAGUUUGUUGCUCUUGCAAGAGUCCGUAGCCAGGAGACUUGUGAUCCACUGUGUAUGGUUAUUUAUGCUUGUUGUGAUGGAUGCCCUGGAUUGGAUGCAGAACUUUGUGGUGACUUUGGUUUGCCUAUUGUGGAGGAAAUUGUAAGGACUGCUUGUGUAGCUGGCUUUAGAGAGGAAUGGUUGAAGUUGAUCCUUUCCAAAAUCUGCUUAGAAGGACCUCACUUUCCUCCAUUGUUUUUGAAAUUAUGCCUUUUUGGUGCCUCUUCAAAUGGUGAAGACAUUGAAUUUAGAAAUGAUCUUUUUUCGUCCGAACAUGCGUUUCUUUUGAAGAUUGUAUCAGAGAUCUUGAAUGAGAGAUUAAAUGAUAUUACUGUUCCUAAUGAAUUCACAUCAUGUGUUUUUGGGAUAUUCAAGAGAUCUGUUGGAGUUACUAAUUCUGUUUUGCAAUGCAAGUCUGGUCUUCCAACAGGCUCGACUGCGAUUGAUGUUCUUGGAUAUUCGCUCAUCAUUUUGAGAGAUAUUUGUGCCGGCAAGAGGAGUCUGGGAAGCUCAAAGGAGGAUGAUUCAAUGGAUGCUGUUGAUAUGCUACUAUCUUCUGGACUAGUAGAAAUGCUUUUAUGCUUGCUUGGUGAGCUUGAGCCCCCAACCAUAAUAAGGAAAGGCCUCAAACAAGGUGAAAACCAAGACAGUUCAAGUUCUUAUUCAUUGAAGCCUUGUCCUUACAGAGGAUUUAGGAGAGACAUUGUUGCAGUCAUUGGAAAUUGUGCAUUCGGAAGGAAGCAAGUACAAGAUGAGAUUAGACAGAAGAAUGGGAUUCUUCUGCUUUUACAACAGUGUGUUACUGAUGAAGAUAAUCCAUUCUUGAGGGAAUGGGGCAUUUGGACUGUGAGAAAUUUAUUGGAAGGGAGUACAGAAAACCAACAUGCAGUAGCAGAGUUGGAGCUUCAAGGAUCUGUUGAGGUGCCUGAAUUAACUGGACUUGGUCUUCGAGUGGAGGUGGAUCCAAAAACUCGACAUGCAAAGCUUGUAAAUAUCUCAUGAAAAAGUUCCAAGCUGCAAAAAGAGCUUGGCUUGGCUGGAGUUGAUAACUGUGUAGGAUGAAAUUUCAUGCUCAUGCAUGAUAUGAAUUUGGUGUCAGGUUUUCAUUUACUAGUUAGUAACUCCACCCAAGCAUCAUUCUUUUCUCUGAUUGUAGUUUCAUGUUUUGUGUAGAAUGGGAAUAUUGAGGAUGAAGCUAAUUUAUAGUGAACUUUUGGUAGAUA